AUGAAUCUAACCAUAGGAUUAUUCAUGUGGUCGUUAACCCUUGGCUUUCAUUUCGAUUUUGAAUACCAGAUAGUGAACUAUUGUAAAAUUCGUCGUUAUUUCACCCAUGUCAAUUUUCUUCUUUCAUCAUGUCUAUUAACAAUGGCAUCAAUCAAUCGGUAUGCACGUGUUCGCCAAGCACAAAUGACUAGACAUCGUCAACGUUACAUCUCACUAUGCACACAUCAAACAACAUAUACUACCAUUCUACUAAUCACACUCUUUUGUUUAAUUGUCAAUCUACAUAUUCCAAUAUAUUUCCAAAUUAAUCAACAAGAAUGUUAUGCUCGUCCUGGUCUGUACCGACUUUUGUUCGAUAUUUAUUUUCUUAUUUUCUAUGCAAUUCUUCCACCGAUGUCAAUGAUUGCCAUUAAUCUCGCAACAGUCGUACAAAUUCGUAAUAUUAAACGAUUAGUACAUCCAACAGUUUCUCGUCGUGAAUACCACUUGAUUAUUCUUGUUAUUAUGCAUAGUAUCACCAAUGCUAUUCUUACCCUACCAUUUACAAUUAACAAAUUUGUCUAUUAUUCGUUAGUAGAUUCAAACGUUUCAGAAAACAGUAGAUUUGCUUUUGCGGUCACACUUUUAAUUGCAUUUAUGAAUCCUGGUUUGUCAUUUUUUCUAUAUACAUUGACAACACAAUCAUUUCGACGUGAAUUUGUUCGAGCUGGUAAAGAUUUCUUCUAUAAGAUUCACCAGCGUUCAAAAACUAUAUAUCAGAUUGAUAUAAAAACUUCUGAAAGAAUUUAG